AUGCCGACGCUCCGCAGCGCCACGCUGAGCCCAGCGCCGGCGGCCACCCCCUCCCCGACGGCCGCCACCACCCCGCGCAGCGCCAAGCGCCGGCUCACCCCUCGCCGCGCAUCCGACUCGGCCGAUUCGGCGCAGUUCACCGCCCCGCACACGUCCCCGCUCGCCGGCGCCGGACCCAUGGACACCCCGAAGAUGCUCUCGGCGUCGCCAAAGUCCUCCCGGAAGCGUCUCUACGGCGACCUCGUCGCGGCGGAGAAGCCCAGGUGGAACCCACGAGACCCGGCGCAGAUGCAGGCGGUCAAGGAGGCGUUGCACGUGGCUACGGUCCCCUCGUGCGGCGUGGUCUGCCGGGACGACGAGCAGAGGCGCGUGUUCGAGUUCUGCAAGGCCUGCGUCGAGCAGGAGAGGGCCGGGAGCCUCUACGUGUGCGGGUGCCCCGGCACCGGGAAGACACUGUCGAUUAACAAGGUCAAGGAGAGAGUGUCGCGCUGGGCUGACGAGACACCUGAUGAGUUGUCGAUCAAUUGCACCAACCUAGGAAGCACAUCUGACAUUUUUAGUAAGAUACUAGCAAAGUUCCAGGUUCGGAAGAAGGGGAGUGGAAAAUUAUCACCACUUCAGCAACUGCAGAGCAUGUUUUCCCACAAAGAGUCUGCUCCAAGAAGGAUGCUGUUGGUUGUUGUGGAUGAGAUGGACUAUCUUAUAACAAGAGACCGGGCUGUGCUACAUGACCUUUUCAUGCUCACCACCCACCAAUUCUCGAGAUGCAUACUAAUAGGAAUUGCAAAUGCCAUAGACUUAGCAGACCGGUUUCUUCCAAAGCUUGAAUCCUUAAAUUGCAAGCCACUUGUUAUAACCUUCCGUGCUUAUUCCAAGGAUCAAAUUUCCAACAUAAUUAAUCAUAGGUUAAAGGCUCUUGAUUAUGAUGUUUUUGAACCACUGGCCAUUGAAUUUUGUGCUAGGAAAGUAGCAGCAGCCUCUGGAGACAUGAGAAAAGCUCUUGGUGUCUGCAGGAGUGCUGUGGAGGUAUUUGAAUCAAGACUACAAGAUUCUUCCAAACAAGGAUUUGGAGUUGUGACAUUUGACCAUAUGGAUACUGCCUUGUCAAAGGUAUUCAAGCCAGUGGUAGUAAAUAGCAUACUGUGUCUUCCCCAACACCAACAGAUGGUACUGUGUGCAUUGGCAAAUACCUUUCAGCAUUGCAAGAAAAAGGCUACUACUCUAGGAGAGGUAAUAUUUCAGCUCAACAAAUCAUACAUAGAAAUUUGCAGAUCAAGCCAAGUCCCAGCAGUUGGGAUGCUUGAAUUUUCUAACAUGUGCAUGAUUUUGAGCGAUCAGGGAUACUUGAAGCUAGGGCAAUCCAAGGAAGAUAAACUCAGGAGAGUAACUCUUCAGAUUGACAUUUCAGAUAUCACAUUUGCGUUUAAGGAUAGCCGAUUCUUUCAGAAGUGCCUCGAGCAACCAAAGUUUUAGUUAGAACACUGUGCUUCCUUUAUAGGUGCAUAAGUUAUCUCUGUAUCCAAGAAUG